UCGCUCUCUCUCGCUCUCUCUCCCUCCUAUUUUUAGUGCCAGUUGAGACGGAAGGACAAAAAACCAACAGACCGGAGCGCGACACGCUCAGUCGACUGUGUGUGUAUGUCUGUGUGUGUCUGUGUGUGUGUGUGUGUGUGUGUGCGCGUGCGGUUUGUGGAGAGAGUCAAGGGGAGAGUGAGGCAGAGAGAGAGAGUUAGGGAGAGACUAAAGGAGGAGCUAGUUGGCGGGGCUGCAGUGUGUCCGAGCACCGCCUGGGAGAGGACACACGGCUACCACCCACACAAACACCUAGCACACACACAAACACCUAGCACACACGCACACACCUAGCACACCGAGCACACACACAACACCUAGCACACACACAAACACCUAGCACACACACAAACACACGUAGCACACACACAAACACACGUAGCAGACAAGCACAUUCCUAGCACACACAUACGCAUAUUGGUUUCAACACUGACACGCUGAGAACACACGUCACCCCUGACCUCUGAACCCUUUAUCCUGCCCCUGCUGCGCCCCCUCCCACUUCGGGGCUCCUGCCCUUUCGGUUCUGUCUUGGCCUUGGAGGAGGAGGAGAAGGAGGAGGAGGAGUAGGGCCGUUCUCUCCUCCCCUCUCCAGUGUGCUGAGAGACUGGGGAUCACCAGAGGAUUCCUCCCAGGAUGGACGGUAGGGGUCUGCCUCAAGGAGCAGAGCCAGUCGUUCUUGUGUCCUUCCAGAUCAGGGUCUUGGAGGAGGUUGUCUGUUUAUAGACACCGGUUGAAGUGUGGGACCUGCACACACACACACACACACACACCGUCCUUCACUAGAUCGAUCCUCACAACCUCAAGAUGCGGCGAUUUGACAAGCUUAAAAAGUCUUUCCUGGCACACUUCCACAUCUACAGAAAGCUGGGCGGCAGCAUGCAGUGCGAGGAAGGCUCUGAUUGGCUGCUGGAGCUGCUGAUGGAGGUCCAGCUGCAGCAGUACUUCCUGCGUGUGCGUGACGACCUCAACGUUACGCGGCUCUCGCAUUUCGACUACGUGAAGAACGAGGACCUGGAGAAGAUCGGGAUGGGGCGGCCCGGACAGAGGCGUCUGUGGGAAGCCGUGAAGCGCAGGAAAGCCAUGUGCAAGCGCAGGUCCUGGAUGAGCAAGGUGUUCAGUGUGAAGCGGCUGGACGGUGGAGACUUCCCCCACCAGGGCCAGCCGGCCUCCUCCUUCCGGAAGCUUACCCCCCCCGGGGAGGGGGUGCUACCCCAGCUGGGUGGUCCGGUGGACGGGGGGUUGGGGCAGCAGCCGGUCCUGAGCUGCCUGAUCUCGGACCAGGACCUGACGCUGUACGAGAAGCUGGGCGACGGCUCCUUUGGCGUGGUGAAGAGGGCAGAGUGGCGCACGCCCGCUGGCAAGCUGAGCGUGGCGGUGAAGUGUCUGAAGACGGACGCGCUGACGCAGCCCGACGCACUGGACGACUUCAUCUGUGAGGUCAACGCCAUGCACUGCCUGGACCACCAGAACCUGGUCCGCCUGUACGGGGUGGUCCUCACACAACCCAUGAAGAUGGUGACGGAGCUGGCCCCCCUGGGCUCCCUGCUGGAGCGUCUGCGGUGUGUGCGUUCCCAGGGCGCCGUGCUGGUCCACACCCUGUGCCAGUAUGCCGUGCAGGUGACAUGCGGCAUGGCCUACCUGGAGCAGAGGCGCUUCAUCCACCGGGACCUGGCAGCCAGGAACAUCCUGCUGGCGUCGGCCCACCUUGUGAAGAUCGGAGACUUCGGUCUGAUGCGGGUGCUGCCCACCGACCACGAGCAUUACGUCAUGCAGGAGCACCGCAAGGUGCCAUUCGCCUGGUGUGCCCCAGAGAGCCUGAAGACCAGGACCUUCUCCCAUGCUACUGACACCUGGAUGUUUGGGGUCACCCUGUGGGAGAUGUUCACCCACGGACAGGAGCCCUGGCUUGGGCUCAACGGCAGCCAGAUCCUCCACAAAGUGGACAAGGAGGGCGAGCGCCUUCCCCGGCCAGAAGACUGUCCCCCGGAUAUCUACCAGGUCAUGAGGCGGUGCUGGGCCCAGAUGCCUGAAGACAGGCCCAGCUUCCUGGCCCUCAGGGAGUUCCUGCUGGAGAGCAUGCCAACAGACAUGUCCGCCCUCCAUGACUUUGAAGAGCAGGACAAGCUGCUGAUUCAAAUCGAUGAUGUCAUCACCGUCAUCGAAGGCAGGGCGGAGAACUUCUGGUGGCGGGGACAGAACCAGAGGACCCUGAAGCUGGGCCUGUUCCCGAGGCACGUGGUGACGGCGGUGUCCGGCCUGUCGGCCCGGGACAUCAGCCGCCCGCUGAAGAACAGCUUCAUCCACACCGGCCACGGCGACCACGACCCCCGUCGCGGCUGGGGCUUCCCCGACCGCAUCGACGAUUUGUAUCUUGGUAACCCCAUGGAUCCUCCUGAUACUCUUCAGGGUGUAGAGUUGCCCUCUCCCCGGCCCGCCCAGCUCCCCGGUCGGGCUAAAACGGACCCCCCGCCGCGGCCUCCCCAGCCCACAGGGUUUCCAAGCAAGCCGUGCUACGACUCCGUCGCCGAGGAUGAGGAUGCACCGCUGGGACGCACAGGGCGACUGUUGCUACGGAAACCGGCUUCCAUCAUGGGGCUCAAGCUCAAGCCGGCCGCCUGGGUCUUGGCCACCAGGCACACGUCGGGGGGGCGGGGCUCCGGCCCGGGCCACGCCCCUCACAGCGAGGUGUCGCUCAUUGACUUCGGGGAGGAGUUCUCUUCACCUUCCCCUGUCACGGAGAUCCCCGUCCCUUCAUUGGCCAAGCUGGCGUUGGACGUGGACCACCUGCUGGACCAGACCCCCCCCCAGAGCCCUUCCGGGCCCUUGCUGCGGCUCCUCCACCCCACGCCGUUGGUGGACUGGAACGCCCGACCGCUACCGCCGCCCCCUGAGUACGACCGUGUGGCGCAGGACGAGGACAUUGAGGUGAGCUCCUUCACCAGCGUGGAGCAGCAGUAUGCAGAGCCCCCGAGGGACGGCACUCCUCCCCGUGGGGCGGUGGAGGGGGAGACCCUCUGCCCCCCGGGCCAGAGACCCACCCUGGACAACAGCCUAUUCCCUCCCUGCGUCCAUGCCCUGCCCCUCCCCCCGCCACCUGCCCCUUCCUCCUCCUCCGUGGCGGCGUCCCUCUUCCAGGAGCUCCAGCAGGAGGUCAUGAGGAGGCUCAGCGCCCCCCCCCCGGGAGCAGGGGGAGGAGCCUCUCCCUCCCGGACGCCGCUGGCUUCGUCUCAGGAGCCGGUCAAGACGCACAAGGUGGUGCCGUCGUUCACCGAGGACAGACCCCAGAUACCGCCCCGCGUCCCCAUCCCCCCGCGGCCGCUGAAGAGGGGCGACUACACGCCCUUCCGCUGGUCGGCUGACCACUCCCUGUCGCCGCCCCCCACCACCGCCUCAGUGGAGGACCUCUCAGGCCCGGAGACCAGGGGCAGACCGCCUCAGAUCCCCCCAAGGGAUCCUCUGUCCCAGCCCGGCUCCAGGACCCCAAGCCCCAUGGGCCUGGGGCUGGGCUCCCCCCACCAAAGAGCCUUCUCAACCAGCCCCGGCACCCAGUCGGCUCCCAUCGCCUCCCCCUGCUCCUACCUCACAAGCUCCCUAGGGAAACUCAUGCCAACUACACACAGCUUCGCCUCAGACCCCAAGUAUACCGCGCCCAAGGUGAUCCAUGCCCAGCCGUACCCCAAGGACCCGGCCAGUAAGGGUCCCUGCAUCCUCCCCAUCGUCCGCGACGGCCGCAAGGUCAGCAGCACCCAUUACUACCUCCUGCCCGACCGGCCUCCGUACCUCGACCGCUACGACCGCUUCUUCCGGGAGGCCGAGAGUCUGUCCACCCACACCCUCCCUGGCGGUGGGGGUGCGGAGGACAGGCAGACGCGUCAGGCGAACACGGCCACCGUCAGACCCAUGGUGGUCAGCAGCCAGACCCUCGUCCAGGGUCUGGGACAGGGCCAAGGUCUUGGCCAGGGUCUGGGCCAGGGCCAAGGUCUGGGCCUGGGCCAGGAUCUGGGCCAGGGUCUGGGUCAGGGCCUUGGCCAGGGUCUGGGCCAGGGUCAGGGUCAGGGCCAGGGUCAGGGUCAGGGCCAGCUUGGUGACCUCAAGGCUAACUCCUCCUCCAACAACAACAGCGGCGGGGUCCGGGGUCUGAGGACCUCGUUGAGUCUGCCCAGGGUCUGUUCAGAAGGUUCUGAAGCCCCGGGAGCUCCCGAGGCUGAGAUGAGCAGGGCUGAGACGGUCCACAUGGUGCAGCAGGCUGUGCACGGAGUGACCGUGGAGGAAUGCCAGACGGCCCUCCAGAACCAGGGCUGGAGCGUUCCCCAAGCCGUGCACUAUCUCAAGGUGGAGCAGUUGUUCUGCCUGGGUGUGGGGACCAGGGCAGAGUGCCUGAAGCUGCUGGAGGUCUGUGAGUGGAACCUGGAGCUGGCCAGCACCCAGCUGCUGGACAGCUGGGGCUCCACCAGCAGACAGAGGCGGUGAUGGAUAUCUGCUCACUUCCGCUCCUCUAGUAGGAUAUCAGCUUGUUGCCGUGGACACAGGGUCGGUCUGUGGGCUCCUCCCAUGUUUGACCCCGGGAUUGAAGCCUUAUCAUGGGGAGGAAUGGACAGAAACUGAGAAUCGCCUCAGCCCAAUUCAAUUUACUCUGCACAAAAUGAUGAGGACACCUGAUAAAUAAAAACGCUAACAGAAAGGAAACAUCCACAACUGAAAGUCAGAUAUAAAUCAUAUUCAUAUUGAUGUCUAUUCUCGCCCUAGUAAUGACCUUUGAGCUGCACUAAGAAGUUUAAUAUAAUAUAUAUAUAUAUAUAUAUAUAUAUAUAUAUAUAUAUAUAUAUAUAAUGUGUUUUUAAAAAAUAAGAAGGAAGAGGGGAAGUGAUGGAGGUGAUUUCUGAUACUGUCUAUUGAGUGACGUUGACCACACAAGAAAAGCAUCAGCCCCACUUUGCUAUAACGUGAUCCAGGUUGUUAUGGUGAUCUCCAAAACGAUAUUCUCACUGCCAGACUAACACUUUUGACCAACCAGGUCAAAGUACUCAUGGUUGAUCAUAGAGAUGCAAGAUCUAGGAUUUAUCCUCCUUCUUAGUUAUUUUUAUAUAAUUGUUUUCACCAGCCCACAAUAAUCUUUCCCACAGUUAGUUCCACUCUCUGUUGUGUUGUGUUCCUUCUUCAAAAGGCCGCCUUUUUGUUUCCUCCAGUAAAGCAUCAUCAAACAGUACAGUACUGUGCAGAAGGUUCCUUCCUGUAUUCUUUUUUUUGCCUCAGAGUCGACACUGACUCCUAUACACAGAGUCCUUCAGAGGAAAAAGCCCCCAGGCAGCUAACUUGUUUAUUUCUGCGAUUCUGCACCCUAAAGCACAGGCCUGAUGGAUAUUAAGCCCCCUUAAAAGCAUGACAUUGCUGUUUGUCUGCCGUCUUAGCGGAGGAGAUGAUCCAGUUUGGGGACAUCAGCUCUGAGCUGCGGGGGUUUUAUUUUAUUUUUAUAACUUCCUGGUUGUUUUGCCUUCGAUACUUUUAGAAAAGAGUCAUGAAUCAUGGAAAUAAUGACAUGCAUCUGUCUGUCACAACAUCAAUGGACCCCUCAACACAGACACAGACACACACACAUACACCCCCACACACACAUACACCCCCACACACA